AUCAAGGGACGCUAAAUAUACACAGACGCGUGUGCAGUGUCCAUCGAUUAAAGCAAGCGUGAAAUGUCAUCUCUCCCCACCAAACUAAAAGACCCUCGAACAUGCCGGAUAUUUUUCUCCUCCCCCUUUGGAGGAAUGGAGGAGGAACGCGAGGAGCUAACGCGGAAAUACUUUCCCCAGAUUCACCAUCUGUGCAACUCGCGGGGAAUUCAAUUUGUGGCUGUGGAUAUGAGAUGGGGAAUCACGUCGGAGGCGGCUGAAGACGCCCAGACUGUCAGCAUCUGUCUCCGGGAACUGGACAGAUCAGAUAUGUUCGUGGGCUUCUUUGGUCAGCGGUAUGGGUGGUUUGGCAAGAAUGAUGGAGCACUUCAAAAGAACAUUGACAAUGCAAUCCAGCGCUACCCCUGGCUGGACGGUCACCGGGGCAAGAGUGUGACGGAGAUGGAAUUCCUCCACGGACACCUCAACAGCCCGGGUGCCAUGCCUGCCAUCAUUUGCUUCAGGGAUAAGGGAUACGAUGACAUGAAGAGAGCAGAGGGGGAGACACGUGGAGAUAAAAAACAAGUUUUCAAGUUCUCUGCUGAGAAUUCAGAAUCUGUUCAACUCAUGGAUGAUCUGAAACAGAGAGUUGAGGAAACAAGGGACAAGACUCUUGGAGUUCAGAUGAAAUACAGUACCCCUGCAGAGGCUGCAGAGUUCAUGUUUGCUGGUGUAUGGGAACACCUCAACAACGCGCUGCUGCUGGACACAUCCAGCUCCCAGUCUCCCCGAGAGAAGGCCAAGGCACAUCAUGAUGCUUUCGCUGCCACUAGGUCAAGUCUGUAUGUGGGUGGUGAUAAGUACUUCAAGUAUCUCAAGGAAAAUGUGAUAAAUGCAGAUGACAAUCCACGGGUGAUGGUGUGUGGUCCAGCUGGGAGUGGCAAGUCAGCCCUACUGAGCUGCUGGAUACCUAAGCUGAGAGAGGAAGAAAAAGGAUUGAUUGUUGCCUACCACUUCAUCGGCUGUGCACCUGACAGUGAUUCACCCUUGGAGAUAUUGAAGCAUCUGAAAGAUGAAGUGGCAUUCUGUCUCUCAGGAGAAGAGAGCAGCUCUGGGACAGAGAAGUCUGGAGGGAAGAAUGUACAAGAGAUGAUGCAGCUGUUGCAGCAGACGCUGGAGCAGGCAUCAUCACAGACACGCAAUGUUCUCAUCAUCAUUGAUGGAUUGGACAAAGUUAAACUGUCAGCCAAGGCCCAGAAGCCUCUGUACUGGCUCCCACUGAUUUCUUCUAAGAGAGUGAGAGUGGUUGUAUCUAUCAAAGACACUGAGACUAAAUCGCUGGAGGUGUUGGAAUCAGCAGCACUUUGA